AUGAGAAUGAAAUAUUGCCGACUAUGUGUUAAUUAUCUUUCACAUAUUGUUCAUUUAUCCAAUGUAAAUGAAAUAAACUUUCAAUCGGAGGUUGAUACAUCUGGGUGGAAAGAUACUCAAUUAAUUCUACAAGCAUGUCAAAAUGUGAUUAAUCUUAAUAUAAGUCCUUCAUAUUUGGUUUUAUCAGAAUUCAUCAAUAAUCAAUAUCUUAUUUCAAUUUUCAAACAAAUGAAAGUGCUCAAUUCGACAACAGAAGAUCGUUAUGUUCCUGGAAAUUUUACAUCAAAAAUUGUUGAACGUUUUCCAUCACUUACUGAUAUUAAACUUCGAGUGUGUUCAUUUGAUGAUUUCGUAUCUGCUAUUGAUAUAUUACUUUGCCAUUUAAAAAAUUUGUCUUAUCUUCAAAUUUAUUGUAGUUUAAUUCCAGUAAUCGAUCAUCAUUAUUCUCCUAGUUAUAUUAUUGAUAAACGUCGUCAAGCAUUUGAUUUAAAUAUUAUCGAUGGACAUAAGGUUGUGGUUAGAAUAAGUGCAGGAUAUGUAGAAAUUAGAUUAUCAUGA